CGGAUUGUUUUCGUUCUUGCCGCAGAGCGCGCAUCAAGUGGUUAUUGUCAGGUGGUCUGACCCACCGUCGCUAUUUUAAUUGAGAGCUUAUCCAAAAAUGACGGAUGCAGAAAUAACGUUUUUACCGGUGGGGCAGGAUAAUGAGAGAUUCGGAAGUAACCUGCUCGACAAUAAAAAGCUGACCCGCCUAUACUGCAUGAAUGGCGGACAUCAUCUGCAGAUUCUCCCGGAUGGGACCGUGGAAGGCAACAGGGACGAGAAUGACAUUCACACGGUCCUGCGGGUGAAAUCUGUGGACCGUGGUGUGGUUGUCAUCCAGGGGACAGAGGCAGGACGCUACUUGGCCAUGAGCAGUGAAGGAAAGCUCUACAGUUCAUCCAUAGUAACUGAUCAGUGUUAUUUCCUGGAGAAGAUUGAGGUGAACCACUACAACACCUACCAGGCCCAGAAGUACCAAGACGGGAGUUGGUACGUGGGACUGAAGAAGAACGGGAAACCCAAACUAGGCUCCAGAACCCACAUAGGGCAGAAGGCCAUCUUCUUCUUGCCACGGCGGUUGGAGGGCACAGGGGAGUGAAGGGUGUAAGGCCAGGGGUGGAUCUGAAAUGGCCAAAUGUAGUACACUAUAUUGGGAAUAGGGUGCCAUUUCAGACACAUCCAUUCCAAGGUGCUCA